AUGGCAGCCAGCAGCUCUGAGGGCUCAGAGAUGAAGGAGAUAGAAGAGGGUCCCCAAACCCAAGGAGAAGGGCCUGGCCAUUCUGAAGCCAAAACUGGCCCUCUCCAGGUCCCAGCUGGGGUCCCAGAUGAGCCAGAGGCCCCGCAGCCAGGCCCAGACAUCACUGGGGCCCCUGUGGACUCAGAAGCCAAAGCUGGGCCGGCUCCAGAAACCACAGAGACCCCAACUGGGUCCCCAGAAACAGUCCAGGCCAAGGACCUCAGCUCAAGCCCAGGAGGGGAACCAAAUGCCAACCCCAGCCCCGAAGAAGCAUGCCAAGAGCCAGCACCCAAACCAGAAGGGAAUAAAGAGGUCACUGAAGACAAGGGGUCCGAUCUGGGGUCUGCAGCCCCACUUGAGCCAGCCUCAGAGCCUGCUCCCCAGUUGGACCCCCAGUCAGACCCUCAGCCAGACUGCCAGCCAGGUUCCCAGCCCACCCCCAAGUCAGCUCUUCACCCAGAGCCCCCUACCCAGGAGGACCCCACCCCUGAGGUCCUGACUGAGAAUGUGGGGGAAAAGCAAGAGAAUGGGGCAGUGGUUCCCCUGCAGCCUGGUGGCGGGGAAGAAGGCCCAGCCCCGCAGCCUCACUCGCCAGCCUCAACAAAAACCCACCCAGCCAAUGGGGCUCCUCCCCGAGUGCUGCAGCAGCUGGUCGAGGAGGACCGACUAGGAAGGGCUCACAGUGGGCAUCCAGGAUCUCCCCAAGGUAGCCUGAGCCGCCACCCCAGCUCCCAGCUGGCAGGGUCUGGGGUGGAGGGGGGUGAAGGCACCCAGAAGCCUCGGGACUACAUCAUCCUCGCCAUCCUGUCCUGCUUCUGCCCCAUGUGGCCUGUCAACAUCGUGGCCUUCGCUUAUGCUGUCAUGUCCCGGAACAGCCUGCAGCAGGGGGACGUGGAUGGGGCCCAGCGUCUGGGCCGCGUGGCCAAGCUCUUAAGCAUCGUGGCGCUGGUAGGGGGGGUCCUCAUCAUCAUCGCCUCCUGCGUCAUCAACUUAGGCGGUGAGUGGGGGUCUGGGACAGCGGGAGGAAUGGAAGGGUUGGCAAGGGCAGUUUUACUAACCCCUGCCCCUGCUCUCUCCUGUCUGUCCUCCCUACUUCUCCUUUGUCUCUCCUUGUCUCUCCCCCCACCGUCUCUCUGUCCCUCCCUCUCCUCUCCCACAGUGUAUAAGUGA